ACACACUAACUCUUUCUGUGACUCUCUCUCCCUAUCACACCCUCACACACACUUACACAUGCACACAUUCACUCUCUCUCCUCAUUCAACUCAUUCUCAGCCACGGGUCAGCAGCACAGACAAGCACCUUAUUCCAGUCCAGCUGGAGAGAGGAGCAUCGCAAGGUGCACACAUCGCAAGACAGGACACUGACUGACUCUGCAGCCGUAAAAGAAGGACGCAAGCCAAGGAACAGAACAAGCUUUCGGAGAACAAGGAAACAACAAAAAAGAACAGAUUGCUUUUGGCAAUGGAUUUACAAAGUGAAUUGUUUUCCGGUGAAUAAAAGCUGAAAUACAAAGAAGAGGAGAUCCUCAUCAGACACACAAAUUAAGAAACAAACUCAUCUGGGAAUAAGGACUGGUUGGAAGUCCAGGUUCCUCUCUGCUCUGUUGUUUGGAAGCCCAGGCUCCUCUCUGCUCUGAUCCUCAGUGACAGGGUCUGCUGCUCCCUCGAUCAUCACCCCUUCCCACCCUCAGAGAGCGACCACUCACCUGGACCACACAGCCCGGGUCUCCAGCCAGCCAGCAUGCAUACUGCCUGUGCAAUGUGCACCUUGGGAGUCUGACUCACCAUGUGCAGAUGGAUGCCACCCGUCGCUAGUCUCCGUCCUGACCUCGCUGCCAUUGGCACUGCCCACGCUGGGCUUCCGCCCUUGCCCAGUGCUGCAUCCCUUCGCUUGGCGUUCCUCACCCUGCUCCUGGUGGCUGGCACAGCUCUGGGGGGCUGCCCGCUCGGGGUAGGGCAUGAACCCCUCCAAGUACUGGCGAGAGGCAUCAACUGCUCAUGGACACUGGAGCGGCACACACGCAGUUACAAUCACCUAGAGGGCGACGUCCGACUACGGCGGCUCUACUCCGCCAACAAGUUCUUUCUCUGUAUCGACAAAACAGGCAAGGUGGAUGGCACCAGACGGAAAAACUACGCUGAAAGUCUAAUGGAAAUCCGAUCUGUCAGUGUGGGAGUCGUGGCCAUCAAAUCUGUCAGCACCGGGCUGUACUUAGCAAUGUCCAAAAAAGGCACACUCUUUGGAUCGAUGAAGUACAACCCUAAUUGUAAGUUCAAGGAGCGCAUCGAGGAGAAUGGCUACAACACGUACGCCUCCCUGCGCUGGAAACACGGCGGCAGGCAGAUGUUUGUGUCUCUGAACGGUAGGGGGAAGCCCCGGCGAGGCCACAAAGCUCGGAGGAGACACCCCUCCACCCACUUCCUCCCCAUGCUGCCCUCAUAGCUGGACAACAGGGCUCUGCUCUGCUUUGCAACCAGCCCACCACAGUCCCAGUCCAUCCAACUAGUGUUGUUGUUAUCAAGAUAACUAUUGAUGAUGUUAUUAUUAUUCUAUACAUCCCCUCUCCCAUAUAUGUACAUUUGUUGGGGUUUUAUACACAAUUUUGUUUGUCGAGAUCGCAGUGGGGGCAUAAUACAGUACGUUUAAGUUAUUCCUUUUUUAGUGUGAGGUCCAGAAGUAAAGCUGCUAAUAUUGUGUAAAUACAGCAUGUCUAUUAUUAUUAUGAUUGGUUAUCAAGCUGAGGGAUGACAUUGAUGACGCUCUUCUGUGUUCAGGAGUAAUUUUGACACCACCGUCUUCUGCAAAAGUGUGUAAUUGAAACAUGCCCCCCCUUUAAAGGGUACGAGAAUUGUCUAUAUAUUGCCUCCCUCCCAUCCCUUCAUUUGUGACUCUAUAGGAGACAAUGCUUUUCCUUGAGUGACCUUACAAUAUGCUAUUAAAGCAAACAACUGGUGAAAGAAGCCUGACAAACAGUGAACAGAUUUGAACAUUGAUUUAGGUUGUCAAAUAUGUUCAUCUGAGCAAGUAACUAAAGCAUUUGAGAGAGGACUCUCUUAAGAUACUGAAUGUCCUUUACAAUAAAAGGACUCUUGCACUUGACUGGACUUCAGAGGGGACAGAAUUCCUUGUUGACGAAAACAUUUGGACUGAACGUUCAAACCCAUGAAUGUCUGCUAUAAGAAAAAAACAUAAACUGACGACAUCUGGCUAUCGGUUCUUUUGGGUUUCUGAAAUGAGUGUGUGAGCUCUGCAGAAGUCCCACUGGGCAAAAACUAGUUAAAACAACAUUACCACAUCAUUUCAACAAAAUAAUUCAGUGUGAUGACGUUGACUCAACGUGAAAACUGAUUGGAUUUGCAAAAAGUCAUCAACCUAAGGGAAUUUAGCCAUUUUCCACCUACAUGUUUACCUAAAUUCAAUGACAUGGUGACUCAACCAAAUAUAAAUCCAAACUAGAUGCUGAAAUGACAUCUGUGCCCAGUGGGGUGUGCUUCAGCCUCCUUCUCUCAUUCAAUAAUCCUACACCACUAGCUCAGGGGUCAAUCUUUGAAAGUGGGACUCAUGACAUUAUCUCUGAUAUGUCAGUUCCAGAGUCCAGUAGUAAAAUGCAUACGGUACUCCGUUUGAAACACGUUGAGCAUUUGAGGCUGUAUGUACACUUCUUCACAGUGCUAAGACUACCCAUUCAUUUCUAACGUAUGGUAACUGGUUAUUGCAUUAUCUUGUCAGGUCUUGUUACCAUUUUCAAAAACCUGUUGCAAAUAGAACUUUUAAUAUAUUUAAGCCUUUUUGUACCGUAUAACAUUUGAAGUUGAUGUUAUUGCCUCCAUUUUGUGUCUAGUCUGAAAAUCCUAACUGUAUUCCAUUCCAUAUUUUAGUCUAUACUGUGUGUUACUGUAAUAUGGCACCUCCUAACAUCACAAUCAUCAUCUACUGAGCGGUCAGCAGUGACAGUGUCUACCAGAACACCCGUUUCAACUAUCAGUCAGCUAUUAAGCAGACAAUAUUGGUCUGUCAAUUGAACACUGUCAUCAUAACAACAUAAGCGAGUGCCUUGAUUCAUGUUCAGCCUGGUGAACUUCAAUAAAAUGCACCUAAGUUACACCAUUUUCAAGGAGUCACUUAUCUCCAUCAGAGUUACAUCAUCUGCAUUAUCAUCAUAACAACAUGAACAUUCAAUGCUGUAGUGGACCUCCCCUGACUUGUAAAAUACUUGUGCCGAUGAGCUCUUCAAUGGGCUAUCAUGGGUCUUUAAUCACAAUGAAGGCCUGGUAGCAUGGGAGGCCAUUGAAUCUUUUCACCCUGCAGAUUGGAAAGAUGGGGAUGAAUGGCCUCUAUUGGGGGGGAGAAAGGCUAACCUUUCAGACUGUCAAUGUGACAUUUCUUUGAAGGGAAACAUGUCUAGUCAAAUAGCUUAAUGUCGCUCUGCUGUUCGAUCUAAAGGCCUGCCAAACAAUUGGAUGUUGGUGUGAGGGUCUAAGGAGACUUUGAGUGUGUGAGCUCUUUUGUUUCCAAUACCCUUACAGUUUUACAUCUUUUGAGUUGAAGACUUGGCUAAAGGUUUCCUGUGUCUUAGUGGGGGACGUUUCGGCAGCGACCUAUAUUGAAUCUUUAGAGUGCCACAUGACAAAUCUGUAGGGUCUUCCCAGCAAACCAAAAUUGGUUCUGUUAGGCUGCAGAAAAUAUUCUCAUAACAUGUAAACUGUCCAGUCGAGGUGAAGAUUAUGAAAUGUUUGUAUAAAACAUUUGCCUGAUGUUACAAGAACAUUCCCAGAACAAAUUAUGUCUGUUCUGUAAACAUUUCCAGAAUGUUCCAUCAGGUUGUGGGAACAGUCUAGUGAGAAAAUUGUGUGAUAUGUUCCCGAAACACAAAAUCUGUCUAGUUGUGCGGAAGAUUCUACAAUGUUUAUUUUAGGGUUCCAGAAACAUUCCACUGAUGUUACAACAAUGUCCUCAGAACACAUUUCGCCUGUUCUUUAACUGAUCCCAGAAUGUUUUAUUAGGUUGUGGUAAUACUGUAGAUAUGUUCCCAAAACACAAAAACGGUCUAGUUGUGCUAACAUUCAGACAAUAUUUGUAUUAGGCUGCACAACACAUUCCAUUGAUGUUGCAGGAAUGUUGACAGAACAACCUUUCUGAGUUCUUUAUGAAUCUUGAAGAAAUAAAGAUAUCCUCUCUUUUAGUAGAGUAUACCUGAGCCUCAAUUCCCCCGUU